CCCUCCCCACUUUGAAAAAUUCGUUGAAACUUCUGAAACUAAUCCCCCUCUCUCUAAACCUCUCCCUCUUCACCAACUCUUCCCCAAUUCAUCUUCUCCACCUCCUCUGAUACAUACACAUAUAUAUAGCCCUAGGGUUUCGAAGCUCGCUCUCUGCUGCUAUUCUUGCAAAUUCAUCGCUUGAAUGGCGUCUUCGAGUGGCUUCGCUACCUCUAUUGCUCUUCCCAAGACAACCGCAACCAUGGAGUCUUCGUCCAGCCUCUUCCAUCUCCACAAUUUCUCCUCUUCCGUGCCUUUUUCGUCUUCUCGCUUCCAUAAACCGUCGAAGGCCAUAACAAUGGCGUCUCAGAGAGCGUUCGUGUUCAUCCCUAAAUGCGAUGUUGCUCCUUCGGGCGCUUUGAUUCGCGAUGAUAAGAUCGAAUCGAAGGCUGCGAGUAUUUCUGCUCUCGAGAUGCUCAAGACGUCUGCGGCCGACAGAUAUACAAAGGAUAGAAGCAGUGUCGUGGCCAUAGGACUCAAUGUUCACACAGCACCAGUUGAGAUACGUGAAAAGCUUUCCAUUCCCGAAGCACAAUGGCCUCAAGUGAUUAGUGAGCUUUGCGCUCUUAAUCAUAUAGAGGAAGCUGCUGUUCUUAGCACUUGUAACAGAAUGGAGAUAUAUGUCGUGGCCCUUUCUCAGAAUCGCGGGGUUAAAGAAGUAACUGAAUGGAUGUCAAAGAUAAGUGGAGUUCCUGUUUCAGAGCUUAGUCAGCACCGUUUUCUGCUGUAUAACAAAGAUGCAGCGAACCACCUUUUUGAAGUAUCUGCUGGGCUAGAUUCUGUUGUUCUAGGAGAAGGUCAAAUUCUUGCUCAGGUCAAACAAGUUGUAAAAACUGGACAGGGAGUCCCUGGUUUUGGCAGGAAAAUUAGUGGGCUGUUCAAGACCGCAAUCACCGUUGGAAAGCGGGUUAGAACCGAGACUAAUAUAUCAACAGGGUCAGUUUCAGUUAGUUCAGCUGCUGUAGAUCUUGCCCUGAUGAAGCUUCCGGAACCAUCUUAUGCCAAUCCUAGAGUUUUGGUUGUUGGAGCAGGCAAGAUGGGGAAACUCGUAAUCAAACACUUAGUCGCGAAGGGUUGCCAAAAAAUGGUGGUUGUCAACAGAUCUGAGGACACAGUUACUGCUAUUCGCAAUGAUAUUAAGGAAGUUGCGAUUAUUUAUAAGCCCCUCUCUGAAAUGCUGGCAUGUGCUGCUGAAGCUGAUGUUAUUUUCACCUGUACUGCCUCAAAAACACCAUUGUUCUUGAAAGAGCAUGUUCAGACAUUCCCUCCAGUGAACCAUCAAAUCGGAGGGCAGAGGCUUUUCAUUGACAUAGCUGUUCCUAGAAAUGUGGAAUCGUGUGUCUCGGAUCUUGAAACUUCAUGUAUUUACAAUGUGGAUGAUCUCAAGGAAGUCGUGGCGGCUAACAAGGCGGACCGGAUCCGAAAAGCAAUAGAAGCUGAGGCGAUUAUUAUGGAGGAAGUGAAACAAUUUGAAGCAUGGAAGGAUUCGCUUGAGACUGUUCCGACAAUCAAGAAGCUUAGGGCAUAUGCUGAAAGAAUUAGGGCUUCCGAGGUGGACAAGUGUUUGUCAAAGAUGGGAGAUGAUAUCACGAAGAAGAAAAAGGGGGCGGUUUACGAUCUUAGUGUGGGUAUAGUGAACAAACUACUUCAUGGUCCGAUGCAGCACCUGAGAUGUGAUGGAAGUGACUCUCGGACUCUGAGUGAGAUACUCGAGAAUAUGCAGGCUCUUAACAGAAUAUUUGGGCUCGAUACAGAUAUAUCUGUGUUGGAACAGAAGAUUCGAGCCAAGAUCGAACAGACACAAAAGUAAGCCUUCUUCUAUACACCUGUCUCAAAUUUCCAGAAGAUUGACUCAGGGCGAUUAUAAUUAUACGGUGGUACUGGAUAUUAAUUGGUACCUGGCACGGUAGAACUUGUAGUGAAUUUCUUGAGAUGAAAUUUCACAUGGAAAGAGGAUUUUUUGACAUGAGUUCAUGGUAGGGAAGAAGGUAAAAGAUUUUUGUAGGUGUGGUUGGUCUGUAAUUGGAGCAAUUUGUUCUUGUAGAUGAUGAGUGAGACCCACACCAGAACUGAAUUAUUAUUACUUGUAAUUAACCAUUUUUAAUUCAUACAAGAUUUGUGAUGUUAGAUUCAGACAUCUGCAAAGUUAUUAUCUGUUGUGAUA